CCCACAAUCCUGUUCGGUGUAGCUUCAUAGCUUUUACGUUAGAGAUCAGCUGAGGUCGCGCAUAGCUGCAGUGAGUGCACGGGUGCCAGCGGCUCGGGAUCGGAGCAGCUCGGGGCUGCUCGGCGUCUCUCUUGGUCGGGCUCGGACAUCAGUUAAAACCCCCCUGGUCGACUGGAGACGGGGCUUUUUUUCACACCUGCAAGAAUGUGACUCUUUUAUGUGUCCGUUUUUUAUUUUUUUUUAUCCCCGUAAAUUGUCCCGACUCUGCCGAUAGAGUAUACGAUUUGAUCAAAUUUUUUUAUUUUUUUUAUUUCGUUCAUCAUCUGUUCCCUCAGUGCGGAAAACACCUGGACUGGUCUCAGGGUAACCGUCCGGGCUAGGAGGAGAUUCCAGUUUUUUUUUGUUUUUUUAACCGGGAGUGGGCAAUAAUAUGUCCAGGCGAAAACAGACCAACCCCUUCAAAGUUAACUGUAGGUAUUACAGGGCCAUUCCACACUUCAGGCAUCACAGGACUUCAGCACACUAUUAACAUGGAUGGCAGGGACGAAUUCACCGAAGACAGUGAAUGCUGCAGCAACAACUCCCAGGAAGUCCAAGAGCAGGAUAGCAUCUCAGAAGACAGCGAUAGUGACCCUGACAACCACGGUGAAGACUCGUCCUCCAACACCUCCGCUGACGACCACAUGACCACCAAGAGAUCACAGUGCCGCCUACAAGGAGCGGGAGUCAAAGAGGAAAGCGAGGAAGGGGCAGACCACGGCAUCAACUUUGUUUGUCCUCUCUGCAUGCUGGAUUUCAGCAGCCCUGAGAAACUCAUCUCCCAUGUCUACCAGCACACGACUAUGAUGAGCAACACCAAGAGCUAUGUGUGCCCAGUGUGUGGGCGAGCCCUGAGUUCGCCUGGCUCGCUUGGACGGCAUCUUCUCAUCCACUCUGAGGACCGCCUCUCCAACUGCGCUGUCUGUGGCGCACGCUUCACAGACACCAACAACUUUAACAGGGAGAAGCUUAAAGAUGUCCUCGACACAACCAGGAUGGAUGUCACGGGUGGAAGGGACACCUGUUCCAUGUCCCUCUCGAGCAGCCCCAUGUCCAGCCCGGGCCCCGGCACUUGCUCCUGCCAUGGACCAGGCCCCAGCCCCAGCUCGUGUCAGGGCCCUCACCCCUGUCAAGCACCUGACCUCAGCCCCAACCUAUGUCAAGCCCAUCGUACCUGCCAGGGACCAGGCCACAUCUCGAGCCAGUGUCAAGGCCCCAGACCUUGUCACGACCCAGGCCCAGGAUCUGGACCAUGCUCUGGCCCAGGACCAUGCACAGGCUCUGACCAAGGACCCUCCUUUCCCUCACUGCCCGACAGUCUCCUCUCCGAAGGACCAUCACUCGCAUCUAUCCCUGAUGCUCUUAACUCCUCUUCCUCAAGCCUCCCUCCUAUCCCCGACAUCCUGAGCCCCAUGCCGGUGUAUCCUGCUGGGGUGCUGCUGGUGUGCAACAGCUGCGUGGCCUAUCAGCAGUUAGUGGAGGCCCAGUCGCCGAUGCGAAAAUGGGCUCUGCGUAGGAAGAACGAACCCUUGGAGGCCCGCUUGCAGCGCCUAGAGCGCGAGCGCACGGCAAAGAAGAACAAGCGGGCGUGUGAGACGGAAGAGGAGAGGGAAAUGAGGAGGCUGCGGGACCGCGAGGCCAAACGCAUGCAGAGAAUGCAGGAAUCAGAGGAGCAGCGGGCACGCAGGCUGCAGAGAGACAGGGAGGCCAUGCGUUUGAAGAGGGCCAACGAGACGCCGGAGAAGAGGCAGGCCAGGCUGAUCCGCGAGAGGGAGGCGAAGAGGAUCAAGCGACGGCUGGAGAAAAUCGACCCUGCUCUGAGGACACAGAUAGAGCAUGAUCCUGCUGCUAUGGCUGCCCUCACAGCAGACAUGAGUCUCUUUCAGUUCCCCUGCCCUAUGCCUGUCCCUUCCAUUGAUAAUGGUCUGUUCAUGAAGCUGCCCUAAUUGGACCAGGCCACUGGGUGGGAAACCAAUUGGCUUCUAACAUUAUCCUCUGCACUCUGCCAUCAGACUGCCAUGGUCACAGUGAACCAUUCCUAGCUGGUUUACAUCCAGCCUGUUCUGUGUCGAACUGCUUCACACAGAAACUGCUUUGUUAAAUACAGCAAAAACUACUUCAAUUUCUAAUUUAUUACAGUCUAGAAAACCUUGGGAACAGGGUUGAGAAUGUUUCAUGUUGUAUGGAAGAUGACAUAAAAGCAUGUUGUAAAGAGAUUUAUCUGUUCGUCAGUGGGCUAGCAGAUUUAACACAGUUCAUUCUAGUAGGAGCAGUUACACUUCCUUUGAGGGGAAAAAAAAUUAUUUUGCACAUGGAGCUUCAGUGACAGGAGUGGGGACUUUGUAGUCACAGCCCCCUCCUUUCUGGUCCACUCCGCCAGCCCAGUGACUCGGGUUUACCGGUAGCUACACCUCUCUCUUCAAGCUACCACCGUGGGUCCCUGGGAAGUUCAUAUUCAGUCAAACUUCUACCUCAGCUGGCGACAUGGUCGCGCCCUCUGUCUGUGGCUUACUGCGUUCCAACUCCAAGCUUCCAAAGCUCUAUAUAUACUGUAUACUACUACAGAGGAUGUGGGUUGUUUUCCACAAUUUGUGUUUGCAUUUAUCACUCAGGCACUUUAAUAGGACACAAACAUUCACAGAAGCAACCAAUUUACAAACACACCAGUUGCACAUGUAUUUCCCAGGUUUGAUUAUAAUGUUUCUUAACAGAUUAACUCUGAAUGUUUUGUCCUAUUGAACAUGCCCAGUGUCGAGCAACAUUCCCCCUCAUCUCCAUUCGCCUCUUUACAUUCUCUUUGCCAAUAUUUUAAUCUGUUUUCUUCUUCCGUUUCCCUACAUUGUUACACUUUGCUAGUGUCAUUUCUUUUUUUACUUUUUUCUUUGGUUCAUAAAAAAAUCAGUCUGUGCUGCUGUUAAUGUACUGUACAAUACAUUAGUUACCUCUUAUAUAUUUUGGGCUCAUCACAUUAAGGAAUAUUGUGCUAAAAUGUUAAUUAAGUGGUCACAGUGAAACAGUUCCUAAUGUGUUACUUGUUGACAACCAAAUUUGUCACAUUACUUGAAUUCUGCCCACAAGAACACAUUUGUUUUCCUCAUUAUGAGUAAAUAACAACAUGAAAGUGGGUUAUUAUCAUUAUUAUUAUAUAGUGGAUCAUACACAGAUAAUGCAAUUUCUGUAGCACAUGCUUGGUCAAGCUUCAGUACCUUCAAUAUUAUGUAACCUGUACCACUUAAAUUGGGCUUAAUUUAUAUCCCCUGUCAGCAGAAUUGAUAAAAGAUAUUUAUUGAUUCAUAUGACAGAGGAACUCAUUUUAAACACGUUCCUGUUGUUUUUUUUAAUCCCCCAUCUGUUACUGAGCACUGGGAGAGAGAUUUUAUUAAUCUAUAUCCAUUAACCUCAUUCCAGCACAUAUUUAUGCAAUAUGAUGUGAAUAUAUUUUUCUUGUGAAAAUGUUUGGGUUAAUUCUUUACCGUCAGUGGUAUAAAAUUGUUUUAAUGUUAAAAAAAAUUAGAGGCCAUGUUGGAUAUCCCUGGUUUAAUUUCCUGCCUGUAAGGUUACCUCCAGUUUUUUCUUGACUUCACAGCUCCAGAUGCAAACAUUUACAGUGUCAAAUGAGCAGUUUCUGAAAUAUUCUUCAAAGAAUAUCAGAGACAAGGACAAGUACUGGUUCUGUUUGAGUCACUCCUAGACAAGAGUCAGUCUACUUGGCUGUUUCUUACAGCAAAUUUAACCAAGAAAAAAAUAUUGGGAUUUUUUUUUUGUUCCAUCCUCAGAGGUUUUUCUAGGAGUGCAUCAAACCUCUAUGCAACAGAUGUGUUAUUUAUUCCAAGGUAAAUUAAUUAAUUUUUCACUGAAACUAUGCAGAAUGCGACUUUAAUUUAAAUGGACUUCAAUGUAAAGAGUUUAGCUUCUCAGGCAAUUUAACUCAGUGAGAGGGCUCAGAGCCUAGUUACAACACCCUGGUCCAUAAGAAUCAUUUAUAGAUUUAUCAUAUGACAGUUUCAGGCAAGUGUGCGACUUUUCUAGAGACACUCUGUCUUCGGAGGUAUCUUUUCACUUCCUAGUUCAGCACAUGAAAGCAACAGGGUCUCACUGCCAUCCUAUUCAUGACAUACUGUACCAAGGGCAGAUCAGUGUUCUCAACAAAGUCUUCAGGUGUCAUUUAUUUCUCUCUUCUCUCAGACUAUGAAUACUGGGUAUUCUCAGAGGUUGCUCUUUGAAAUUGCUGUGAUCCCCUUUGUCCUACAGUGGACUAAUGCGACAGAAAACUGCGCCGUCUGUGGUCUGACAUACUAUUGCAAAGGAAGUACCAUGAACUCUGAAGUGAUGUUGGUCUUUACGAGCAGUACUUUCAGUAUGGAUUUAGGUAAGCACUGCAUGUCGUGAAACUGCACUUGUCCUAGAAUGAUUUAAUAUGAGCUUGUGUUCUAUUGUUAGUUUAUGCCUGCCUGUUUUUUACAGUUUAAUCAAAAAGAAAAAUGUUGUUAAAAAUGUUGGCCUUUCUAUAUUAAAUCUAUCAGGAUUUUCUCUCAAUGUCCAUGUUUACAAAACAAAUCUUUCUGAACAAGGCCAAAUGAAUGAGCUUAAACUGCUAAUGAGAACAUUCAUGCUUGCUGCAUUAUCAAUGCAUUCUGACUGGAUGGCACUUUGGAGAUGCCAUCCUCUGUUACUGGAUUAACAGAUGUACAGAUCGUGAUGAAACUGGUAAAGAAUGUGGAAAUAAACAUUGACUUUACUAUAA